AUAAGGCAGCACACAGCCCCUCAUUGUGUGCAGACUGCUGUUCCAUUUGUCUCAUGAUGGAUUUGUCAUCUUUGUUGAUUGGUAUAAUGCUGGAAAUUCUGACUGUAAAUUGUCAAAUUGACCCAGGCGACCGCAUAGUGGGAGGAACCACACCGGUUCCAAAUUCAAUCAAGUAUAUUUUGUCGAUACAGACCCUAGACCACCAGCACAUCUGUGCAGGCUCCCUGAUAAACAAUUACUGGGCCAUCACAGCAGCACACUGUUAUAUGGACCCAGAAAGAAUGGUGGUAGUGGCAGGAGACUACUCUCUGUCCAUCUAUGAGGGCACAGAGCAAGUAAUGAUGCCCCACCUUUUGAUACCCCACCCUGAGCAUGACAGCAGCACCAAAGACAACGACAUCAUGCUCAUAAAGUUCAGGACCCCUUUCAACUUAACCAGCUAUGUUUCCACCAUCCUGAUGCCCCGGCAAGAUGCCUCCAUACCAGAGGGGCAAAUGUGCCGGGUGUCAGGCUGGGGACUCACCAACCCCAGUGGAGGAGAGAUUCCCUCAACCCUCCUCACAGUCAAGCUCCCCAUCUUCGCCACUGAAAAGUGCAACAGCAGCGAGUCUUUUGACGGCAAAAUCACAGAAAACAUGCUGUGUGCUGGUUAUAGCACCGGUGGAAAAGAUGCCUGCAUGGGGGACUCUGGGGGUCCGCUGAUAUGUGAAGGCCGGCUCUACGGUGUGGUGUCCUGGGGGAAAGGUUGUGCUGAAGCCCAGUUACCUGGUGUCUACACUGCUGUGUCGAAAUACCGCAAGUGGAUAGACAACACCGUAUUCAAUCACUAUAACAGGUGUGACAAGAAUUUGUUUCUGUAAUAAAGACCAAACACCUGCUUUGAUUUAAUGGUAGACUGUAUGCUCUCUUUAUCAUUUGUGCAUAUUUGAUUAUGUGUUCAUGUGUUAAGGGACGAUUUCAAACAUUCUUAUACUGUAUACCUUUGACUGCGACUAGCAACAAACCGAAGCCGCCACGCGCUGAUCCGUAAAUGUAAAAUCUUCUUUCUCUAAAUAAAUCACUGCAUUCAAAAACAAAGAAAAAAAAACUAAGUAACUCCACCAGAGGGUCACUUCUGCCAGCCCCAAGCCCGGAUAAAGGAGGAGGGGUGGAUUUAAAAUACAAGAACAGCCAGAAGAAUGUUCUAAACAUAUUUAUGGUGUUUUUUACUCAUUUUUUGUCUCCCCCACAAUAUUAUUUUACUCUCCUACAAUGUCCAUUACAAUUACAUACAUGCGGCCAAUUACUCAAAUAAGGUGAUGGCGUCAUUUAGCGUCUUUAAGGACAACCAAUAGCUACAGUGAACCCACACAUACAUGGCUGCUCAUUCACGCUUCAUUAUGGAUCCAUUGGUUGAAAUGGUUAACUUUACAAAGUGGCAGCUUGAGCAAUGAUUCCAAUUUAACUGUACACUGCAACUGAAGCGCUAAUAUUCUCCCCGUUAACAGUGUUGUGUCACUGAGAGUCCACUCAAUUACGCUACUACUUUAGUGAUAUUAGCAAGCCUUGCUAUGAUGCUAAAUUCUGAUAGCAACCUCCAGCACCAACCAUUAAAGCAGUGCAUAGGUGCAAUUACAGCUUUAUUCACUUUCUUGCCAAAAGUAGUAGAAACUUAUUAAGUAUGCUAACUGAAGCUAGCCUACAGCUAGCAUAAAGACUGGAGGCAUCAGUACACCACGAACAACGUCCUAGCACCUCUAACAUGUAAUUAACAAAACAUAUCAAAUUAGUUUCAUAAGUAAAGCAACAGAAAAAGACAUUCAAGUUGUAUUUUAUCUCAUUCUUAGCAAGACAGUAAAUAAACACAUUUUUUCUCAGGUAAUUGACAAAACCGGGCAUUCUCACCACAUUACCACAACAUAAUGAAUGGAGUGCCAUAUUGCUGCAUAAAGUGCUUGAAACCAGGGCUUCCAAAAUGCACUAGCAAAAUGAAAUGUAAAUCAUCAGCAACAAAUAUUGGAAAAUACCUUUAAAAUCAGUAGUAAAAAGUACAGGAUAGAGCUGGAGCUGAAAUUAUUGUCACCUGUUUUCAAAACAAAUAAAUGACCAAAACAUCAACUAUGAUUAAAAAAAAAAGGAUUUGGUGAUUUUAGUUUUCUAAACAGAUUUUAUUACUUUUGGGUUGUUGGGGUAUUAUUUGAACAAAAAAGAACAAAAAGAGAAAAAAGUUGAAUACCGCAGGGUAAUUUCUCACUCAUUGUUUAUGGGUUUGUUCUGAUUGCAAAAGCAAAUUUUGCUUUCAGACUUUCAGUCAAUUCCAAUACUAGUGAACACAGGCAUCAACAAUGCACACGGAUUUAGACUGACAGACUAACUUAAUCAGUUAAAGACCACUGUCGGGACAUUAAGUUAAAGAAGCAGGUAUAUUUCUUUCUGCCAAUUCCAAGGUUAUUUAUGGACUUGCCCUCUUAUAAAAUGCAUAAAGUACGGAGCCUGGGUAGGGUCAUGGUGGGAAAUAUUUUUAGACGCAAUAGUUUUCCCUCCCCAGUAUUACCCAGAGCUCCCCGGCUCUCCCUGACCCUGCCCAUGUGCCGUAAUAAUGUUGAGUAAAUGAAUUGGAUUAGGCUAAAACUGAGGACUAAAAUUUUGAGUGUGUUAUAAAACUAUUUCAGUAACAAUUGAUUUCUUGUUUUACACAAUUAAUAAACGACCGAUUAUUAACAUUUU